AUGCCGUCAGGGGUUAUAUUCGUUGUUUGUAUACCCUCAAGUAAUUAUGAAUAUAUUUUAAAAUUCGGAAAACCUAAGGAUUUAAUAGACAUUAAUGAUUUCGCACCAAAACCCUUUCGCGUUGCUUUGGAAUUGAGGGGCAAGAGAUCCUUAAACAUUCCUGUACAUUUGACACAAGAACAAUAUUGCGAUCAAGCAUUCAUGCAACUGGAGAGUAUUAAAGAAGAAGAUUUUUUUACAAUGGAGAACAUUUUACAAGAACUUUUGAAAAAACUUCGCAUAGAACACGUAGUGUGGGUGAGUGAUAAAGUGGGCAAUUAUCACGAGGUCAUAUUCCCUGUUAAAACCGGGGACCAUUGCGAAACGUUACUUCAUUGUUUAACGCAACUUGGAAUCGGUGUCAAAUGUAAAUCUAUAGUGAGUGUUUUGCCGUGUAGUGUCGUGCACUCGGCAAUCGAUGAUGAUCUAAAUGACGAUGAAACCAUAUUGCGCCAAACAGAAGACGCGAAAAGAUGGAGAAGUUUCGUUGAAUCAAUAAGGUCAAAAUUGACAGUGAAACAAGUAGUAGACGGAGUUCGCGGAGGUGGAGAGUUAUCAUUUGAUUAUCUUACUCUUAUCAUAACAGCUGACUCUCUGGCAGCUUUGGGUCUUGUUGAAAAUAACGCGUCUAAUAUAGUAGCGGCAAUGCUGGUAUCUCCUUUAAUGGGUCCUGUGAUGUCUAUAACUUUCGGCACAAUAAUAGCCGAUAGGAGUCUAAUAAGGAGCGGUUUUGAAAGUCUAAUUGUGGGCAUGAUAUUCUCUCUGAUUUUUGGUUUCAUAUUUGGAUUGAUAUUGGGAACGACUGAAAUGCCUUGGGGAUUUGGUGAUUGGCCAACAGAAGAAAUGAAAUCACGAGGCAACGUACGAUCACUUUGGAUGGGCAUUUUAUGGGCACUAACUUCUGGAACUGGUGUAGCAUUAGCUCUACUACAAGGCAGCGCGGGUCCAUUAAUCGGUAUAGCUAUUUCAGCAUCUUUAUUGCCACCAGUGGUGAAUUGUGGCUUAUUUUGGGGGUUGGCAUGUAUUUGGCUGCUAUAUCCAGGGAUAAAAAUGCCUCAUAUAAAAGGAGAAUCUUACUUUGGAAACUCGUCAUAUCAACCUUUGUAUCACGAUUAUAUUCCAAUAGAAUUCGCCGUUAAUGGUAUUGUUAGUUGUUGUCUAACCAUUGUAAACGUUAUUUGUAUUUUUAUAACCGCCAUAAUAUUUCUGAAGAUAAAAGAAGUAGCAGCGCCCUAUACUUCCAGCCCGGAUUUAAGAAGAUUUUGGGAGCAAGAUAUCAAAGUUGCUAGAGAAGCUAACAAAUCUAAUUUGCGAGACGAAGAUGACGAAAGAACCGAAUUAGUUUUAGACGACCUUAAAGAAACAGACGAAAGCAUGAAGGAAAAAUUAGAAGCAGCCGUCCAAGAGGCUCUGAAUGACGAAACGUACAGGAAAGUGAAAAGAAUGAGUUAUCAAAGUCACAAUGCCGACGAGAUCGGCAGAACUAUUGGACACCAAACUUCAAAACGAUCUAGUAUUUAUUCAGAUGCCUCUACGCCGGCAACAAAAGCUAACAGUGAAGACAUAGCCGCAUUGGAUAAACUGCUUACGUCGAUUCUCGGGAUUAAGGAUAUCAACCGAAGAUCGUUUAUUUCUCAACGUGAUGCUUCGAGGAUCAAUAACAUGCCCUCUAUUGCGGAAUUGGGGAACAGACGAUCAGAAUCUACACCCGAUCGCAUUGCGGAAGACUCUAUAAUAAUGAGCGUAAUAAACAAUUUGAAAACAAAUAUGAAUAACAGUUCUUCUGACGAAACCUUUCUAACACCUGCAUGAACAAAAAUUGUCAACCAAACAAUCAAA